GAAGAGGAUGCGGCUGAGCAUGCACGGACCGGAUGCAUAAUUGGCCUAUCUUACUCAUAGAUUUUCAUUUGCCUUGUCUAGUUUCUUGCCAAAUUGCAGUUUAAUGUCGGACUAUAACCGGAGCGGCGUAGAGACUGAUUAGCAGUAGAAGAAGAAGAAAAAGAAGAAGAAAGAGCGAACGGAGCAGUAACUGAGAGGAGCUGGGCAUCAAAUUGCACCGGAUGUCAUUACACGCUUUUAAAUAUCGAGGACUAUAAUCAGGACCAAAGGCAGAACCAUGGAGGUUGUAACGCAUUUUGUGAAUGACACUGUAGAAUUUUACAAAUGGAGCCUUACUAUAGCAGACAAGAGGGUGGAGAACUGGCCCAUGAUGUCCUCUCCCUGCCCCACACUGGCCAUCAGCUGCCUGUAUCUGUUCUUCCUGUGGGCGGGGCCUAAAUACAUGCAGGACCGCCAGCCCUACACACUGAGGAAGACCCUCAUAGUCUACAACUUCAGCAUGGUGGUCCUCAACUUCUACAUCGCCAAAGAGCUCCUACUAGCCACUAGAGCAGCUGGGUACAGCUACCUCUGUCAGCCUGUCAACUACUCCAAUGAUGUCAAUGAAGUCAGGAUAGCAUCUGCUCUGUGGUGGUACUACAUCUCCAAAGGAGUGGAAUACUUGGACACAGUCUUUUUCAUCCUGAGGAAGAAGUUCAACCAGGUCAGCUUCCUCCACGUCUACCAUCACUGCACCAUGUUCAUCCUCUGGUGGAUUGGGAUCAAAUGGGUCCCUGGUGGACAAGCAUUUUUCGGUGCGACCAUCAACUCUUUCAUCCACGUCAUCAUGUAUGGUUACUAUGGCCUGGCAGCGCUGGGACCUCAGAUGCAAAAGUACCUCUGGUGGAAGAAAUAUCUCACCAUUAUUCAGAUGAUCCAGUUCCACGUGACCAUCGGACACGCCGGCCACUCCCUCUACACUGGCUGUCCAUUCCCCUGCUGGAUGCAGUGGGCUCUGAUCGGCUACGCCGUCACAUUCAUCAUCCUCUUCGCUAACUUCUACUACCACGCCUACCGAGGCAAACCUUCCUCCUCGCAGAAAGGCACCAAACCCGUCACAAACGGCACUUCCAUGGUAACUAACGGUCAUAGCAAAGUGGAGGAAGUAGAGGAUAACGGAAAAAGGCAAAAGAAAGGAAGAGCGAAAAGGGAGUAAAGGAGGAAGAGGGGCUUGC